AUGGCAAUUAUAGGAGGUGAUUCUAGUGGUCGCCCAGCACUGAAGGCUCUAGAUUGCACAUUUGACAUUGGCAGUAUCGAUAUACAUUUCCAUGGAAGUGACUUUGACUGGCUGUACAAUUUAUUUACCAGUCAAGUUGCUGGAUUUAUUAAGAGCAGCAUUCGUAGUAAGGUGUGUCCACUUGCUGUCAAUGCUAUUAAUGAGCAAGGCAUUAAGGCACUAGAAUCACUACCAGGUGAUCACAUGAUACAAAAGGUGAAUUUUUGUAUGUGCCAAAUCCUAGAAACUCCUUUUCAGCCGCCUCCUUUACCACCUCCAUCGCCAACCAACUUCAUGUUGACACUUUGGCUAACCAACUACAUUGCAAACACAGCCGGCUAUGUGUUCUGGGAAGCAGGUACGCUCCAGAUAAACGUCACUCCUAACAUGUUGCCUAAAGACAUUCCAUUUCCAUUGAAUACAUCAACGUUCAAGAACAUGGUGCCUACAUUGUAUGCAAGGUAUUCUAACAAGGCGAUGCAGUUGUUUAUUAAUGCGACGUCAGCGCCUGCGAUUACGGGAACGCCGAAAGGACUGAAUUUGACGGCGACAGGAGAUGUCGUUGUGUCUGUGAUUCUUGAUAAGACGGUAGCGCCAGCGUUUACUGUGAGAGUGACAAUAUAUGCAAGGCAGACGUUUGGCUUCAUCAAACGGAACAAAGGAAGUCCUGAGUGGAAACGCAACGUAUCUAUUGUCUAUCAUUCUAGGAAUGUCUUUUCUAAACUAUUACUAACAUUUUUCAUUUAUACAUCGCGAACAUAUCACUGGUGCAUUCAGAUAUGGUGCCGUUUGAUGUUUCCUAUCUCAAUGAAUCUGUAAAUGCACUCAUAGGGUUCGGUGUUGUUCCCUUAUUAAACGUUUAUGGUAAGGCGGGAAUAACUAUUCCAGCUAUUUAGAGAGUUUCGUUUAAGAAUGCAACUUUACGUCUGGGAGAUAAUUUCGUUGCUAUUGACACCGACUUUGCUUACGAUGCAACAGUGUUAGAUCGGAGUGUAAGCAAAAGUGGAGAAGCAGUGGGAGAUUAAGACGAUGUGUUUGUACACAUUGGGGAUCCUAAAGGUGUGUUAGGUUUGUUUUUACACUGUAUUGGAUUCUUUAUAUUGUUACUUGCAAGUCAUAACUCUAUUGAUAUAUAGUAGUUUAUGAAGUAAUUGUUUUGUGUGCAUUGACGAUGGCACAAGCUUGUUUAUGUUUGUCGUGCACGCUAAUUAGAGAGGUCAGUAGAAACGACUGGAAAAUUAAAUUGGA